AUGCAGGAGGAGCCCCGGGGGAUGCAGGAGCCCCCGGGGAUGCAGGAGAAGCCCCGCAAGGUGCGGUUCCGCGUCUCCUCGGCCGGCAGCGGCCGCCUGCUGAAGCAGGUCUAUGAGGACGGGCAGCAGCUGGAGCCCCCGGCCCGGGAGCGCUGCAGGCGCCUCCUGCGCCACAGCUUCGAGCCGGCAGAGCCCCUGGGCCAGCCCGGGAGCGGGCCACAGAGCCGCUGCUGCUGGCCCACGGCCCUGACCGCGCCCAGGAUCAGCAUCCUGCGAGAGGGAGCGAGCCACGGGCUGGGGGGCACCGAGCCCCGGGGCGGGGAGUGCCAGCCCGGGGCCGGACACUGCGGGACUUCCCCCGUUGUAGAUUUUGGCAAGAUCAUCAUCUACACCAAUAACCUGAAAAUCAUCCGUGCCCCCAUGGACCAGAAGGAGCUCAUGAGAAGAAUCAUCCAGACUGAGGGGAUAAAUGACUGGACGUUCGUGUACCGGGACAAGAAGGAGCAGUUCAGUGCUGGACAUGUAACAGAUGUGCAGAAUAAGGUCACUUGCAACCAGCACAUGCAGGAGGCCGGUGCUGCAGAGGGCUGCUGGCAGUGCCGGGGCUCGGGCUGUGCCCCGUGCUCGCUGUGCCAUGGAAGCAAGUUCUCCAUGCUGGCCGACAGGUUCCGGGAGUCCUACCGAGCGCUGCGCUGCCCGGCGUGCGACCAGAGCGGGCGGCAGCGCUGCCGGCUGUGCCAGCUGUGCACGGCCUGA